UGUGAAAAAAUAUUCUGAUUUUGGACGACUAUAUACGAUAUUCUUCGCAAUGACUGUAUAUUCUGCUUUGUUUGUUUAUAUAUUGAUUGAAUUUACGCCAAAUUUUCUUGACAUAGUAGCACCACGAAAUGAAUCACGGUUACAUAGUAUACCAUUAACGGCAGAAUAUUUUGCUGAUCAACAGAAAUACUAUCUUCCAAUUCUAUUGCAUAUUAACGUAAUAGCUCUCGUAGGAUUCACUACUGUGAUCUCUACCGAGUCUUUAUUUGUUGCAUAUGUCCAACAUGCAAUAGGCAUGUUUGAAAUCGCCAGUUACAGAAUAGAACAUGCAUUUGAUGAAAUAUUGGGUUUAAAUACAUCGCGAAAAAAUUGCUCAUAUUGCACAAAAAUUAUAAGUGCUGUAAACAUUCACAACAGAGCUAUCAAAUUUAUCGAAUUUUUAGUAUCUGGAUUUGCUACUUCAUAUUUUUUCCUAGUUUGCUUGGGAAUUGCUUCUUUGACCGCUAAUUUAGUUCGCCUCUUUUUGAGCGCACAAUAUCUAGAUGAUUUAGAAGAAUGUAUUAUCGCUGUGUUAUUAGUUUUUGGUCAUAUUUAUUAUAUAUUUUUGGGUAAUUACACUGGCCAGAGAUUAAUAGAUCAUAGCACAGAUGUAUUUCACAGAGCAUAUGUUUCACAAUGGUAUGUCGCUCCUCCACACGCGCAAAAGUUAUUAUUAUUCAUGAUGCAACAAAGCAUCAAAGGUAAUAGCAUAUCCGUCGGAGGUUUGUUUGUUCCAUCAUUGGAAGGUUUUGCAACGAUUACCAGUAUGUCAGUUUCGUACUUUACAGUAAUUCUUUCCAUUUAAUAUCAAGCAGAAGACACAAUUAUAUUUUCACGUACACAAU